AUGGAAGCCGAGAGCGACCAGGAGUCCGCCGUCGCCACCAAUUCGCCGGCCGGAGUUAUGGCGAGCUGCAAUCGUACUCCGAUAAGUUAUUUCCGGCGGAGGUUUCGGUUUCGGUUUCGGUUGACAAACACAGAGUCCCUUUCCGAAGAUUUGCUAUUCAACAUUCUCAUUCGCCUCCCGGCUCAAGAUAUCCAUGACUCUGCAAGGCUCGUUUGCCACAGGUGGGCCCACCUAACCCGCUCCCGUGACUUCAUACGCACGCACCUUCGUCGUGCCCGCACUGGGCUCCUUAUACAAAACACAACUUUUCUUAAAGAUUUGAUUUUUAUCUCCUGUGGGCCAACGGGCCGGGUCGAGCUAUCCCGGUCGCGCCACGAAUUGGGCCUGCGUAUAUUGGCCAGCUCUCACGGCUUGGUUUUGGUGCUCUCACCUUCCGGUCCCUGUACUCUCCGCAUCGUGAAUCCUGGGACAACCGAAUAUCUCGAUCUCCCUCCGUUUUUGGGUCGAAGAUAUUUUAGGCACGGUUCUUGUUUGAGUAAUGUGGCGGCCACUAACGAAUACAAAGUGGUGCAAGCCCAAUUCGCGAGAGGCUUACGUGGCGAGGUUUCAUACGAGUACGCCGUGUUGACUGUCGGGACCGACACCUCGUGGAGGCACAUGGGCAAGGUUGACCGUCUAACUCGUGAGACGAACACUUCGUUGUUGAUUAGUAACCCGUUGAUAACCGAGGGUUUCGUGCAUUGGGUCCUGUAUAGUGGCGGGUCGACUAUUUUCACGCUUGAUGCGAAAACCGAGGUUAUGACCGAGUCGAGGGUUCCCGUGACUUUAGGUCGUUUGGUGGAGAGUGAGUAUUUAGUGUCGGGAGGGAAGAAUUUGACGCUUGUGGUCAAAAAGCUCGGGAGUUUUUUCUCGUGGGACGUGUGGGAGAUGAGUCCCGAGACGCAGGUUUGGAGGAAGACGAUUAUUGUCUAUUUGGAGGAGGAGAGGUUAAAAGGGAUUAUUCGGGACCGUGAUAAAAAGGUGGUUUUCGAUGGGAAUGGUGUUUGGGUUACUCCGGUCGGUUGGCUAAAUUUUCCCGAGGUUUUGGUGUUUGCUCCGGGUAAAGGUCGAUAUUGCAUCUUGUACCGUGUUCGUACGCGUGAGAUUGAGUCGAUUGAUCUGCCUAAGGAUGCUGCAAGCUAUAAUUAUAAGUUCCAUCACAGUGGAUUGGUGUCACCCACAGGAAUUUGA